AUGGCAGAGGCAUUUCUUAAAGUCGUGCUUGAUAAUCUGGGCUCGCUUAUCAAGGAGGAGAUUGGACUGAUCUUGGGCGUUGACGAGGAGAUGCACAAGCUUUCAAGUACCCUCACCACCCUUCAAGCUGUGCUGGAAGAUGCUGAAGACAAGCAAAUCGAAAGCAGGCCUAUCCGAGAUUGGCUGCAGAAGCUCAACGUCCUUGCUUAUGAGAUUGAUGACAUCUUGGAUGAGUGCAACACUCAUGUCUCCAAACUCAAACACACUCGCAGCAAACUUAGUCGCUUAAGCAUCAAGAAGAUUUUGUAUCGUCACGAGAUCGGGAGGAGGAUGAAACGAGUCACCGAGAAACUGGAGGGUGUUGCUGCAGAGCGCGCUGAAUUUCAUCUGCGUGAGAUGCCUGUUGAUAGGCCUAGAGAAGUUGUUGCCUCACGUGAGACGGGAUCCCUAUUGAACCAUAUUGAUCAGAUUUAUGGUAGAGAAGAAGAAAAAAACAAGAUUGUGGAGAUAUUGGUGAGUGAUGUAAAGGAGAAUGAGGAUAUGUCUGUGUUGCCAAUCAUUGGCGUUGGUGGUCUUGGCAAGACUACUCUUGCUCAGUUAGUCUUUAGCGAACCGCGGGUGGUAGGCCACUUUGAUAUAAGAAUUUGGGUUUGUGUCUCUGACAAUUUUGAGUUGAAGACUUUGGUGAAGGCAAUGAUAGAAGCUGUCACAGGGAGCGGGAAAGCUGCGGAGUUGCAGCAGUUGGAUGUUGUAGAGCGUCAGCUUUGGGAGUUGUUGAGCCAAAAACGAUAUUUAAUUGUACUUGAUGAUGUAUGGAACGACCACCAGGAGAAAUGGUUUGAAUUGAAAGAUAUUCUAUCAUGUGGUUCAACUGGUGCAUCCAUCAUUGUCACCACACGCCAAAAGAAGGUUGCUGAUAUAAUGGGGACACUUCCAGCUCAUCGCAUCAAGGGUUUGUCGGAUGACAAUUGUUGGAUGUUACUUAGGUCACGCGCCUUCGGACCUAAAGAAGAAGCAUGUUCGCAACUGGAAAUGAUUGGGAAAGAGAUUGUGAAGAAGUGCGCUAGUGCGCCACUUGCUGCUAAGGCGCUUGGAGCUCAUGGCUAUAUUUCACCAAAGGAAAAUAUUGAAGUGGAAGAUGUUGGGAAUCAAAUAUGUAAUGAGUUACUACUUAGAUCUCUUAUAGAACCAAGGUUUAUGGAUAAAAGCAUCGCUAUGCAUGAUCUUGUUCAUGAUCUUGCGAUAUCACUAAUGGAGAACAAAAUUCCCGGAGUAAGAAGUGACAGAAAUAUUCCAAUCGCAUCUACCAUACGCGAGGUAAAUUUGGUUGACAGAACGAUUUUGUUUCCUAAGCAAGAUUUAAACAUUUCUUCCAUCUCGGAGCUCACAAGCGUAAGAGUAUUCUAUGCAAAAGAUGACGGAUUAAAAGAUUUGUCUCCUUCCAUUUGCAAUCUUAAACAUCUGCGGUACUUGAAUAUGUCAAACUCUGGAAUUCGCUCUCUGCCCAACUCAAUAUGUACUCUUUGGAAUUUGCAAAUCCUGAACUUGGAUCGUUGCUAUAAGCUAUUGGCUUUGCCAAGGAAGCUGACAUCCUUAUAUAAUCUCCAACAUCUAUGUUUGUCAAACUGUUGGUCGUUGUCUGAGAUGCCCUCUAAAAUGAGGAAGUUAACUGGCCUCAAAACACUGAGCAUGUUUGUAGUGGGUGCCAAGAAAGGUACUCAGCUUGAGGAGCUGCAUUGCUUGAACCUCAGUGGGGAGCUUAAUAUUCGACAUCUGGAGAGAGUAGCGGACUUGGAUGCAGAGAAAGCAAAUAUUGCUGACAAAAAGAAUCUCAGGAGGUUGACAUUGUCGUGGGAAAGAUAUGAUUUAUCCAAGUUAGAGGAAGAUGAUGAUAAGGUGUUGGAAGCACUCGAACCUCACUCCAAUCUUGAGUGUCUUCGUAUAGCUGGUUUCCGUGGUAGAUAUCUUCCACGUUGGAUGACAAAUUCAACUUUGGAAAACAUAGUUGAGGUUGUAAUCAGAAAUUGUGCAUGUUGCAGGCGUCUUCCAAAAUUGAGAGAGCUAACUCAUCUUAAAAAACUGGAGUUAGAGAAUAUAGGGGUGGAGUACAUUAUUGAAGAAGAAGUUGGAAGUGGAAACGAAGUAGAGAUACAAUUCCCUACUCUUGAACAAUUGGACUUAUCAAAACUCCCAAAUCUGAUGAAUUUUUCAAAGGAGCAAGAGAGUAGUAGAGAAGCAUUCCCAAAUCUUAAAGAGCUAUCGAUUUCACGUUGCUCUUCAUUUGUACUGCAACCACUCCCAUCCCUCCAAAAGUUGGAUUUUCUAAAAUGCAGUAGCUCAACUCUGGCUUUAUUAUCUGAGCAGGACAUUCCUAGGCGACUGAAAGUGGAAAUUGAGGAGAGCCUGACAUGUUUUCCAAUAGAAACAUUGGUAAAGUACAGUGAGCUUCGGAGUUUGAAUAGAAACAUUGGCAAAGUACAAGAAUUAGUACAGCUGCUGGAAGAGGAAGAUAUUAAACCUCUUAAUAAUCUUCAUGUGAUACAUUGGAAUCACUCCCAGACCAGCUACCUUCUCUUCACAUUCUCCGAAUCAGAACAUGCCCAAAGAUUGUAUCAAUUCCAGCUCUACCAAAUGCCAAAGAAAUAUUUAUUAGAGGAUGUCCACAACUGGAAAGACGAUGCCAGAGAGGAACAGGACAGGAUUGGCAUAAGAUUUCCCACAUUCCCCGCCUCCGAAUUCCUUAUAACUAACUUCACUCCACAGCCAUUUUUCAUUGCCGCUGCUUGCUGGGAUCGUGAUACGACCUCCUACUCAUCUGCACCAUCACCACCAUCCACAUAG